GGGAUAUUUCAUCAGCGACGACGGCAACAGCUUUCCUGUCUUUUUGUCUGUCUCCUUUCACUAUUGUCAACAAGAAGACUAUAAAGGUCCUAAUCUGCUGCUACAAAAUACUGUGACCAAAGACCUUCCACUUCCUGUUCUGUCUGCUUGAGUAAACCUAAGUGUGAACACACCUACACCAGUGGAACAAUAAUAAACAAGUACUUGGUUUACUUGGUCUAUUCACACCUGUUCUGAUUAAGCUGUGUCAUUCACACACCCACACUAGAAGGAUUUAAAACACAUAGCCUGCUUCAGCGCCCACACACAGUCACAGCAAAUAUGGCCAGCAGGCUGUCCAACUUUGGCAAAACUCUGCUACGUCGCCGGGCAUUAGACUGCUCUGGUGAAGAGACCAGAUUCGCCCGCUGCCUGUCCACCCUGGACCUAAUUGCCUUGGGGGUGGGCUCCACACUUGGUGCCGGUGUCUACGUUCUCGCUGGCGAGGUCGCCCGAGAGAAGGCAGGACCCGCUAUUGUCCUCUGCUUCCUCAUUGCCGCGCUCUCCUCUAUGUUGGCCGGCCUGUGCUAUGCUGAAUUUGGCGCCCGUGUCCCCAAGACAGGUUCUGCAUACCUUUACAGCUAUGUAACUGUUGGAGAAAUCUGGGCCUUCAUCACAGGAUGGAAUCUCAUCCUCUCCUAUGUGAUAGGUACGGCCAGUGUGGCCAGGGCAUGGAGCUCAACCUUUGACAGCCUGGUUGAACAAAAGAUCUCUGGCUUCUUUAAAGCCUCCAUGGCAAUGAAGGUGCCUGGGGGCGUGCUGGCAGAGUACCCCGACCUAUUUGCCCUCAUCCUGGUCCUCCUGCUCACUGGACUUCUGGCGUUUGGCGUGAGCGAGUCAGCGCUGGUGAAUAAGAUCUUCACAGGCAUCAACCUGGUGGUUCUCGGCUUCGUCAUCAUCUCUGGCUUUGUGAAGGGGGACGCAGCCAACUGGAAUCUGACGGAAGACGACUACAUCGGCUUUAGAAACCGCACCAACAGCAGCAAGCCGUUUCCAGUUGAGGAGGAAUUUGGCGAGGGUGGUUUUGCUCCAUUUGGCCUCACUGGAGUUCUGUCUGGUGCUGCCACCUGCUUCUAUGCGUUUGUGGGCUUUGACUGCAUUGCCACAACAAGCGAAGAAGCAAAGAACCCCAUGCGAUCCAUACCUAUUGGCAUCGUGGCUUCAUUGCUGAUCUGUUUUUUCGCUUACUUUGGUGUGUCUGCCGCUCUGACCCUGAUGAUGCCAUACUACGAGCUGAACACCCAGAGUCCUCUGCCUGAGGCCUUCAGCCACGUCGGCUGGGCUCCCGCCAGAUACAUCGUGGCUGUGGGCUCUCUCUGUGCUCUGUCCACCAGUCUCCUAGGCUCUAUGUUUCCCAUGCCUCGAGUUAUCUACGCCAUGGCUGAGGAUGGGCUGCUGUUCCGUGUUCUGUCCAGGAUGAACACUCGCACAAAGACCCCUCUCCUGGCUACCAUCGCUUCUGGUAUUGUUGCAGCUCUCAUGGCCUUCCUGUUUGACCUGGCUGCUCUGGUUGACCUCAUGUCUAUUGGAACUCUGCUAGCAUACUCUUUAGUGGCCAUCUGCGUCCUCAUCCUCAGGUACCAGCCAGGCUCCCUGGCUUCGUCCAGCCAGAUGGAGAAGCUGAUGGAGCAGGUGGAGGGGGAGAAGGUGGCUGUAAGUGGAGUAGACAGCGGUGAUGAGUACGGCAUGGAGACGGAGGAGAGGCCACUCCGAGAGACCUUUACCGUCAAACUGCUCUUCUGCCCAAGUGGAAAAACCCCAACGCAGACAUCUGGGAACAUCGUUUACGCUACCACUGCUAUUAUUUCGGUUCUCAUCACCAUACUGUGCGUUAUCCUGGCCAACUACCUGACAGAGCUGCUGUCCGGGCACGCAGGUGUCGUGGUGCCCUGUGUUAUUUUGACUCUACUGUGUGUCGUCUGCCUCAUCAUCAUCUGCAGGCAGCCUGAGAGCAAAGAGGCUCUCACCUUCAAGGUCCCUCUUCUUCCCUGGUUGCCCCUCUUCAGUGUUUUCGUCAACAUCUACCUCAUGAUGCAGCUGGACUGGGGUACAUGGUGCCGCUUCACUGUUUGGAUGAUUAUUGGUUUUGCCAUAUACUUCUUGUAUGGUAUUAAGAACAGCAGUGAAGCUGCCAACAGGUCAUCACCACGCAAAUAUGAGCCCGCCCUGCAGAGCAAGAGCCCGAUUUACAAGGGCGCUCCUGACGACAGUGAUGUGGAAGCAGGCAGCAGCCCCUGAUACAGAGUGACUUAGACCUGGGAAAUGUUGCAGAGCAUCUACACUCAUUUUGGCAGUGUAGGCAGCCUGGAACACAGGCCUGGGUUUAAAGGGAGGAGAGGCAAGAAAACGCCACACACAUCUUACCUCUGAUUUGGAGGCUGAUUAACUUGAUGGCUAGACACUGUGACAAAGCCAUUUUUUGGCCCAUGUGUCGGUUUUAAUCUGUCUGUUUGUACUUAGCCUUAGCCCUCUGGAGAUAUUUACCUGCCUAUAACACAUGCUAUCAAUGGACCGAACUAACAGAUUCAUGAAGUUCUGUUUUGUUUUUUGUUAUCUGAAGCCGUUAACUGGAAAACUGUUACUCUUGAGCUGUAUUUCGUCAAUGCUUCCUCUCUGUUAUUAUAUCGGUGUGGCUGUGAGGAGCCACCCGGCCAUUAGGGAUGAAUAAGUACUACUGUGUACAUCACUAAAAAAUUAUGUCUUAAACCAGCGACUUUACAAAGGUCAAGACAUUUGGAUCAGUGAGCUAAACUUCAAGCUGUUUUAAGAAACAUGAUUAUCAUACGGACCAACACCACAAAGUGGCAGAGAUAAUGAGUUGCUUCUUGUGAAGUACAGUCGACAUGUCUAGUUCAUUUGUCUUUGUUUAUUGCACCAGCCUGUUUGUUUGUGUGUCAACAGGGUAGCACUGAAGCUGUGUGGUUUACAGUGUCAGUCAGGGCCUCAGUGCAGUUAGGUCAGUAGCACAUGGUUGAUGUUGGCGUCGUCUACGUUGCGCAGUUCGGUGUCUAAGGCUGAAGUACAUGCUUUGCAGAUUGGACCAAUUUUAAAUACACUAUUGCCCUUUUGCCCCCAUGCUCCUAGAGAACAGCCAUAAAGUAUGCGUACAGUAUAAUCUUAAAAUAGUAUGAAAUGAGUCUCUUUUAAUUAAUUAUGUUAUGUUUUUAUCUCACAUGUAGACUCUGCUGAAAUGGUAUUUGUGGCCUUUGUUUCAACCAGAACCAGGUUACUAAAAGGAUUUUGUUGAGGCCAAAACAGGCAACAAACUACUUCCUGAGCCAUAAAGCCUUGAAAUCCAUAAACUGAAGUAAAUGCAGCAAAUGAAAUCUCAUCUCUACUAUACUGUCUGGUAUUCACUGUAUUGUAAACCCCAUCCAUCUGUUAUUCCAAAACAGCCCUGCUGGACAUGGAAAUUUAUAUGUAUGAAUUUAAAUCAUCCAUAUAGUUUAUUUGGUAAUUCUGGAUUUCAUCCAUAUACUAUCUGUCUAUUUCAAAUGCUUUUAAUAGCUGUAGCCAGAUAUUUCUGCAGAUCUGAGGAUAGAUUUAUAUUUAGGAGGUACAUUAAUUGCAUUGUUUUCUUCUAAUAGGUCAAGGAACAGGGUGUUUUAAAAAGAAAAUCAGUUAAUACACAAUGACUAGUUUCUUCAACUGUCAAAUCUACUUCAGUCUGGGAGCUGGGGGUUUGUUUCUAAACAAGGGUCUGUCAUUCAUCACCACUAAAAUAUCAACUGUAUUUUUGUUUUACUUCCUUGUGAAAAGGCUAGGGGUUUUUUCACAAAGAUUCUUGUUUAGUUUCAAUUGAAACUUGUUCUUGGCAGCUUUGUCUGUUGAGCUCCCAUCACUUUUAUUUUUACUACUGUAUUUACUUUUUCUGAUAGAACUGUUAAUAUUUAAGUGUUUAUAGUAUUGUUUGUUUGGGAUAGCUUUGUUUUUUGUUUCGCCUUUUUCAUAUCAUCUCAAUAUUCGUAUUAGCUAUUCAUGUAUUUUAAUCGUUAACUGUACAGGUUUUAGAGUUGUUGUUUUUUUUGGUCUUUUUGUCCUGUUGCUUCCACAAUAUUGUCUUUUUUUUCUCCUUUUUUUCUUUUUUUUUUCCUCCUUUGUUGCAAAUGUUUUGGUUCACCAAAUGAUUGAAUUGUAAUAUUUUCUUUCUUUCCUGACCAAAUGAACAACGCUUUGGAAACAAAUAAUGACCACUUAAAGUUGGUCUCUAAAUUGUGUAAUUUUAAAUGUUUUUACCCCCCAAUCCUCUGGACUCAUUAUGUUAACUUAUUGUUAAUAGCAGUUUUUGUUUGUCUAGAAAAGUGCUUUACCGUAGAGUGUACAGUAUUUGUUUAAAACUAUAUCUUUAUUUGUAUAAUGCUGUAAAUUAUACAAUGACUUUAAGUAUAAUUUGGUAAGAGGUGGUCUUUGUAAAUUACACUUGAAGGCAUUUCAUUUGACACUUGAUGCUGCUGAAAUCCGAAUUAUACAAAUCCAAGUCCCUUUUCAGAUAAAAAUGGUCCUGAUGGAGGCAAUAUUGAAGCAUUUCUGCAUUAAAAAGAUGAACCUAAACAUCUUCACUAUUGAGAAGUGCACUAAGGGAAGAUUUGGAUUCAGCCAGCGUUUCUAGAUGAUGUGAAUCUACGAUCUGGUGCCUAUAAAACAAACUAUUCUGCCUGAGAAAGGCACUGGGGCUGGUAAAAUACCUGAGUCUGACUCUCAGGCUGUUUAAGCAAAGUUCAUGAGCUACUCUCAAGACUUUCUCUGCAGAUUUCAGUGUAAAACUGUCGUGUUUUCUUGAAUGCCAGUCAAUGAUGAAGGGUGAAUUUGUCAUAACAUUAUGUGACGUGGCUGUGACUCAUGCCGCACAGAGCUCUUUGUACACAGCCCUUGUGCCUUUCAAAUAUCAAUGUGAUCAUCUCCCCAAUCAAUGCUUUCUCAUUAACAGCAAUGAUCUAUUUUUGUCUUUCUGUUUUAUAUCCUGUACAUAUGGCUGUCAUGUAUAAAAUGAACUGUAUUUUCAGUGUUUGUUUUUUUUUUUCUUUUUUUUUAAUAAAACAUGAUUCAUGCUUA